GUGGCAGGCCCGCACCGCUACGUAGACACUUCCAUUAAGGGAUAGACGAUAACAGUUUGGUUUUCUGUGGGUGGAGCGAUCGUAACUGGAAGACUUGAAAACUGCGAAAAUCCGGAUGACAGAGACUCAGCGAGCCUGAAGCGGCUUUGGGAUCCAGUCUCCCCAAGACGGAGUGACGCUUGGCAGGGAAAACAGAAGGAACAGGUGAAGCUCCCCAUACUGCUGGCCGAGGGCAGGAGCAAGAGGCGCUGGAGGGGUGUGUGCCGGGCCGGGGGGCACAGUCCUGACCUGACCGUGCGUCAGGAGGGAAGGCUGAGUCCUGCGCAGCUCCCAGGGCUGCCUGCCUGCUCAGCGCCACUCUCUGUGAUGUGAAUACUAAUGAUGCUGCAGGACUCUCCUCUGCUGCUGCCGCCGCUCCCGCUCGCUCCUCCGUGUGCAGAGGUCUGGUUAGUGGCAGAGCACACUGGGGGCUCACCAACUGGAGAGUCUUUGCCCGAUUUCAUCAUGUGAUCUACUGCUUGCCGUCAUAGAGGUUCUUAAAGGUACUGCUGUGUUGAGGAGCAGGUUUCUCCCCGUCAGCUGUAAUGGCUCUGCCAGGUGCCACCCCCCUGGACCUAAAGGGGCAGCAAAGGCCAGAGGAGGUCCCCUCCCGUAGUGCCUUGCAGCAGGCUAAUGGCAUGUGGUGGGAGAAGUGCUGGAAGACAGGAGUGGCGGUCGGCUGCCUCCUCAGUCUCUGCGUCUUCUCCCAGAUCAUGGGAGUGUGGAUCCUCUAUAUGCUCAAUGGAUACGGAGCUUUCCCUGCAGCACAUAAAGUGUUGGACCUCAUGCAGUACUUAUUAUCACCAAUUGGAGCACAAGGCUCACUGGAGGAAGAGACCAUACAGAAGGAACUCUGGAGAAUGGAAAGCUUGUGCCCCCUGCUGGCUACCCUUUUCAUCGGCAUUGUCAUCCUGGGUAUUGGGGUCCUUUACUGUCUCGGAGCCUUGGCGCCCAGCAGCAUCCCAGUAUUCCCAGAUGACCGGCGUCAGUCCAUGAGUCGGCAGCCGUCUUUCACGUACUCGGAGUGGACCGACCCACAGCAGGAGGACGUCUUCAGUGCCGACCCGGUGCCCGAGACCCCUGUCUUUGACUACUGCAUGGACAUAAAACCUGAAAGUGACCCAGCUACACUCACCGUCAAGUCAGUGGGCCUCCAGGAAAGGAGGGGCUCCAAUGUGUCUCUCACUCUGGACAUGUGCACUCCUGGCUCCACUGAACCCUACGCCGCAAUGCUGUCACCACGGGAACAGUCGACAAAGGAGUAUCUGCAGAAGGCAUCCAAUGUGCUCACAGCGGUGGAGCUUCAGAAGAGGGCCCUGGAUGACGCAGCGCUGCAGGCUGAGUUCUUUGAAACUCCAAUGAACUUUGUGGACCCGAAAGAAUACAACAUUCCCGGUGUGGUCAGGAAGAAUCGAUACAAGACCAUACUCCCAAAUACACACAGCAGAGUUUGCCUUAAAGCAACAGACCCUGACGAUUUCCUCAGCACCUACAUCAACGCUAAUUACAUGAGGGGUUAUGGAGGUGAAGAGAAGGCCUACAUUGCCACCCAGGGCCCCACGGUGAACACCAUCAGUGACUUCUGGAGAAUGGUGUGGCAGGAACAAUCACCCCUUGUUGUCAUGAUCACCAAUAUUGAGGAGAAAAAUGAGAAAUGUGCAGAGUAUUGGCCAGAGGAGCGUGUGACAUACGAGGGGAUUGAGAUCACUGUUGACCAGCUGAUCCAGGCAGAUGACUACAGCUUGAGGAUCUUCACUUUACAGUGCGGUGGCGAGAAACGCAGCCUCAGACAAUACUGGUACACAUCAUGGCCAGACCAGAAGACUCCAGACAAGGCCCCGCCCCUGCUGGAGCUUGUAAAGGAAGUAGAGGAAGCACGACAACAGGCCCCACCCAGAAGUGGCCCUGUUAUUGUUCAUUGCAGCGCAGGGAUCGGCCGAACAGGCUGCUUCAUUGCCACCUCCAUCCUCAGCAAACAGCUGAAGAAUGAGGGGGUGGUGGACAUAUUGAAGACGACCUGCCAGCUACGCCUGGAUAGAGGUGGCAUGAUCCAGACUUGCGAACAGUACCAGUUUGUGCACCAUGUCCUUAGUCUCUAUGAAAAGCAGCUAUCGUGUCCUGUGGAGGAAUAGUGAAUGUAUUCCCACCUUCCAGAACAAACCUCCAUAAAAACAGCAGCUACCCUGCUAGCACAGCAACUUCAGAUUUCACUACAUUUCAACAACCCCAAGAGGCCUUCAGAGACCAUUGGCACAGGUCUGAGGAAGGAACAGAUCUCAAACUGCUCUGCUGCCCACAGUGUUCUCAGAAAUGCAAGAGAAUCUCUUUUCUGUACACAAUCACCAAUGUGGAGUCUUCUGGGGUUUCUUGGUUUAAGAUGUCUUUGUUCAAGCACAACACUGCAAGAUACUUCCAGCCUGGAGUAGUAACGAGUUUCAGAAUGGGCUUAUAACUGUCAAUACUGCAUUGAAAUUUCAACCCGUAUUUUUUUUUGUACCAUGUUGUUAUAAAUCCGAUUGGUGAGAUGUUUUUUCUUACAAAGCUUGUAUUCCACCAUAUACAUUUUACCUGAUCUGGUACUGAUAGCAACAAUGACAAUAUUUAUCUUGACCUUAUUCUGUAGACGUUGCUACAAGAGUAGAUCAUCAAGAGUCAUCAGGGUGAAGAAUACAGGUGGUCUGUCGUCAUGUCAAGGCAGAACCGCAGAGCCAACAACAGCUUGUGCAAAACAAAGUAUUUUGUUAAAGUAUUUCUUUAACUGCAUGAUGAACCCCAUGGAAUACAUCUAAGUGUGAGUGGAUGUGUGUUUGUGUGUGUUUACCUGUGAAUUUCUGGGCUAACUGGCGAGGUCUUUCGGCUUCCUUUGUGCAGCACAAAUAAAGGAAGAGCGUGGCCUAUGAGAAUCACCUGUUACUGGGAACCCAAAGCCCUGGGACCCAACCUGCCAGCCUGGGCUUUAAGGACCAGCUGAGUUCUUGAAUGCCCCCUUCUCCCAUUGUAUGUAUCCUGCAUUUGGUAGCUAGGGUUCCCAUUUCACCAGCUAUGACUGGACAGCUUAAAAUGUACGAGGGGAUAGUAGGCUGGUUAAUUCAGCACAUCUCUUUUACGCAAUGGCCUUAUUCUACGUCCGUCUGAUUUGCUCUGUUCUACCAGAGAUGUACAACGUUUUGUCACUGUCAAUUUUAGCCUCCUUCUUUCAGGAGAAGGUGCCGACUCAGUCCCUGCACUGUUCUGGCCUGCUUGACAUGGGAGGGAGAGGCUCUCCCAUUGUGUGUCAAUUGCAAGCUCUGGGGUGAAACUGUGUUUAUUGGCCAGCCACUCAUGUGACUCCACAUUGUAUUCCAUAGAAAAUACAAGGCAGCUCAACUGGUUUGGAUGUGUCGAGGUUUGCAUUGCUUAUUCACAACAGCCCAAUCAAGUCUGACAGCAGUAAAUAAAUUGUGUGUGUAUCGUACUGUAUGUAUGAAUGUAUGUAUAUUGUUUUGUGGAUGUUCCACUGGACUCUUGAAUACCCAAGAUGCUGCAUCUUAAGUUUUCUAAGUAAUGAAAAUGCCGGUAUACUGUAUAUCUAGCUACUGUUAACCAUGUAUAUAUGAUCUUACUCAUCCACUCUUUGAUAGUCAUACAUGUCAACAAGUGACAUAUUUCGUAGGAAAAUCAUUAUGUGCGUCCAGCUCUCCUUUGUCUAAAGAGGCUAAUUUGCAUCCGACUAUCAAUCCAUUUCCUGUAGGAUGUGUAUUAUACAGCAAAAA